AUGGCAGACGUCGAGAAGCCCAGCUCUCCUUCGCCAGAGGAGCGUGAGAAGCGUGACGCAGAGGCAAAACAGAAGGAACAGGAGGAGCAGAGUAAGCUGCCUUACAAAUGGACACAGACAAUCGGUGAUGUCGACCUUACGGCGAUCAUACCGGCCAAUAUCAAGGGCAAAGAUCUGGAUGUGAAGAUCACGAGGACAGGCUUGAAGGCUGGAAUCAAAGGACAGGAGGCGAUCAUUGAUGGCACACUACCACACGCCGUCGUCCUAGACGAGUCUGCCUGGACGCUGGAGACCACGAGAGAAGGCAAAGAACUCAACAUCCACCUCGACAAGUCCAACAAGAUGGAAUGGUGGGCUCACGUUGUCAUCUCGGCACCAAAGAUCGACACAAGCAAGAUCACGCCGGAGAACUCGAAGUUGAGCGAUCUGGAUGGAGAUACUCGUGGAAUGGUGGAGAAGAUGAUGUUUGAUCAGAGGCAGAAGGAGAUGGGUCUGCCGAGCUCGGACGAUCAGAAGAAGAUGGAUAUGUUGAAGCAAUUCCAGAAGCAGCACCCAGAGAUGGACUUCUCGAAUGCCAAGAUGGGCUGA